CCUUUAAGGGGCAGAGACGUUACCACCCUUACAUAAUUGCAUUACAAUUUACAACCCAGAGGAAGGGAAAAAAAAAAAAAAAAUCCAGAGGAGAAAAGAAGCUUCUUGGCGCUCCUUCUUUAGCUGGUAUUUGGAAAUCCCUUCUUCCCGGACAUCGGUUUUUAAUCAUUGUUAUUUUGCUAGAUUGAGGUUGUCUGUGUUCUGUGCCUAUUUUUCUUUUCAUGGGUGUUCCAUGAUUCCAUUGAGGAAUGCAGUUUACAAGAAAAUAUGAAAAACCCAUGUGUGUGAACGAGUAUUUUUGCAGCAGAAUGCAUUUGAAUUAGUGCUUUUGUAGUCCUGUUUUAAGGAUUUUACAUUGUAUUUGAGGUCAUGAUGCAGUAGUAUAUUGUUUCUAUUUUAAUGCCCUUUUCAAAUCUCUUUUGAGUUUUCAAAGGUUGGAUUUUUGGUUGAUUUUGCUGAGUUCGUUAACUUUUUCUUUGUGUAAUUAUUUAUUGUUUGGUGAUCUAAGCCAACAAGGUUCCAACGGCCAUAUUCUUUUGCAUAUCAGUCAUUGCAUCUUCUAUCCUUUUUCUUUUGUUUGAGCUUGAUAUAUAUGUUAGUUAUGGUUACAAUGUGAGAUCCAAAAGUUGAGAUUUGUUUCUUUUUUGUUUCAGUCUGGGAUUAUUGACUAAGAGGACAGCUUUCAAUCUCUAUGGGGGAAGCUCCUGCCUUCAUUGUCGAUGAUCUAUUGGGGGACUACCCUAAUGGGCUUGGUUUAAAGUCCAAAGGCCACCAAACUGCUGUUGAUGCUGGCCAUAAAACUUAUGUGAUUGGUGACACUGAUGGUGAAUCAGCAUUGAUUGGAGUUAAGGUGUUAGAGAAGUCUACUGGUGAAUGGAUUAUACCAGCUGUAUUGGGAACAAAACCGCAGUCAUCAAAAAGGCUUUCAGCAUUGAUUUUGAAUGGAGAUCGGAUACUUAUCCUCAAGGGCGGUUCUGCACAUGAUGACUGCUUUUGGUUUCUUGAGGUUGAUACACCUUUUGUAAGAGAACAGAGAAAUAAACUUGGAACAGAGGUGGUUGCCUGGAGUAGAGGAGUGGUUGGUGAUACUAAAAUGCCAAUCGUCAUCAGUGGGCCUUCUGGAGUUGGAAAGGGCACCUUAAUAGCUAAACUAAUGAAGGAAUUUCCAUCAACCUUCGGUUUUUCUGUAAGCCAUACCACCCGUGCUCCACGGGAGAAGGAACAGAAUGGGGUUCAUUAUCAUUUUUCUGAACGGAGUGUGAUGGAGAAAGAGAUUAGCAGUGGAAAGUUUCUUGAAUUUGCUUCUGUGCAUGGAAAUCUCUAUGGAACCAGUGUAGAAGCUGUUGAGGUGGUAGCAGAUGCUGGAAAGAGAUGUAUCCUUGAUAUUGAUGUUCAAGGGGCAAGGUCCGUGAGGGCUAGUUCUCUUGAAGCCAUAUUCAUCUUUAUUUGCCCUCCCUCCUUCGAGGAGCUUGAGAAGCGCCUUCGUGCAAGAGGAACUGAAACUGAAGAACAAAUGCAAAAGAGACUCAGAAAUGCAAGGGCAGAGCUUGAACAGGGAAAGGCACCUGGCCUCUUUGAUCAUAUUUUGGUUAAUGAUGAUCUCGAGACUUGUUAUAAGAGCCUUAAGAAACUUCUGGGGCUUGAUCAGGUUGUACAUUCAAUCCUUGAGUCAGCUCCAUUGUUAGUCAACCUUCCCCAGGACCAUUCCGUGUCAAAGAUUGGUCAGAAGAUUGUGAUUGGCUCAAAAGAAGCUUCUGAAAACAGGUUUGUGCUGGACCUGACCUCACUAAAAGGGGGGGCCCCUGGGAGAACAAGAGGACUACAGAUGUAUUCUAGUGAUUCCUGGAGUAAUGGUUUAAAUGGUCACAUAUAGCUUAACUCAUAUAAGACAUCCCUUUCCUCCAGAAUGUUUAUGGCGUUCCUUCCAUUUUUCUUCUCCAUUAAGGAUUAUUAACUUCUGAUCAUUGGGAUUCAUUUUCUAAAAGGAUUAGAUGAAUUAUGGAGGUAGGACGUCAAUCGGUUAGUUCGGCUGUCGCAUCAAAGAGAUUUUCCAUGCUCUGCGGCCUAGGUUGAUUUAGAUUAUGUGAUAUCCAUUAGUCAGCAGUACUCUUUUGGAAAGCUACUAAAGUAACAUGCUUACUCGAACUUUUGCAUCAUUAGGUGCUCUUAGUUUGAACCAUUUUUUCGCUUAGAUUGAAGCUUUUUUUUUUACGCUUUAGUGCCCCACUGCCCCUUAAUUCGUGUGUUCCCUGAGCAUCCUCAUAUCUUUGGUGGAGGUCUGGAAUGUUUUGGUCCUCAGGACUUGAAUUAGUGGGGUUUGAAAAGUGUUUCAAUGGUAAAGACAAUCUUUUCCAUAUUUAACUGAUCUAAAGUACUCUCUCUGUUUUAUAAUUAUUGUUCAGUUUGAGUUUUCAUUUCUAGUUCAAAUCAUACUAGAAGUGAAAUCUCAAACUGGACAAAAAUUUUGGGACAGAGGUAGUACUCUUCUUUUGAGCUCAAGGACUGCACAUUUGCUUCUAAGAACUAUAAGGGUAUUGAUGAAGCUAAUCUCAUCGCUAUUGAUGAAAUAACAUCUGAAUCUUGAGAAUCUGACUGAUAUAUCACAGAAUGUUGAGUGUCCACUGGAUUAAAUGAAUCAAUGAUGUGGGUGAUAUCUCAUCAUGAGCGCAAGUUGACAACAUGGACUAUGUGAAUCUACAUGGUUGGUGGCUAGCUGUGAAAACGACCUGUAAUGGAGCUUGAAAUUUUCGAGGAUUCCUUUGGGUUGUAGACUAACUCGGCACAAACUUGGUAGAAAUAGAAAUCUACCAGCUAAGGGAAGUCUUUCAAAAUUUAUAAGUGGAAUAGGUGAAUAAUCAAUGUCUCCCAAAGUUAAAACAAACAAAUGAAUUGUUAUGUGAUAAUAAGAAAUGAAAAGAACCAUCUUAUUAUUACUUCCUUAUUAAUUUAACUCCUUUGUUCGGAUAUAGUACUAACAAAUAAUCAUUAAUAUUGGACAAAAAACAAUCAAGACAAAAUGAACAAUGUUAAUAAUUUUUUUUGUUUUACAUAUAACAGGAUACCUACCGUAGGCUCAUGAGAUUAAUCUAGUAACAAUGUCACUAAUUUUGCUGGUUUUUAGAUGUUCAUGAAUUUCUAAUUUGGUAAACAAUUAUUGGUGGCGCCGUGGCGGCGUGCGUGGGCUCCAAACCAAACCGAAACUUCUACCAAAAUGAAUGGCUAGUCUGUAUUGGGUCCAAAAGUUAGGCAUUUCAUUAUUAGGUAGUGGUGAGGCCCAUCAGCGUGAACUCUGGAAUUGGC